GGUAUUUUUGCGCAUUUUUCGUGCGUGGCGUGGUUCCGAUAUUCCGACUCUAUUGAAACUAUACACAAUUUCGCUCACCUCAAUUGAAAGGAAAGGGAUUGUGAGCCAAAUAACUGAUUAAAGCGGCCAAAAAUGGAUACUUGCUUCUUCUGCGGCGCCGUGGAUGUGGAGGAACCCACCAGCGUCAGCUAUGAGAAGCUCACGGCGAAAGUGCCGUCAUCACAAAAGACAAUUUCGGUGGUGCUCAACCAUCUUGCCAACUGCAUAAACACAAGCCUCAAGCUGGAGGUAAACUCAAAACUUUGCCCCCGGUGUUUCAAUGAGCUGGCUGAAUACGAUACCAUAAUGGUAAAUCUAAUGACCACACAGAAGCGAUUAACGAACCAAUUGAAGGCAGCAUUAAAGUCCGAGUAUGACAGUCCAGAGCACUCGGAGGAGUUGUUGGUCGAAGAAGCGCCAAUGGAGGAGAUCGACAACGACGGCGAUGCCGAGGCCGAUGCAUUGUUUGUGGAACUUGUCAAGGAAGAAGAUGAUUCGGAUACAGAAAUUAAGGAGGAGUACGAAGAUGAGGACUUCAUUUGCGAAGUCGAAGUGGGCGAUUCGGAUGGCAUGCAUGUAAAAUCCGAGCAAGAUGAUAAGGCGCCCAGGAAGCGCACCAAGCAGGAGUGCAGCCACUGUGGCAAAGUGUACAAUUCGUGGUACCAAAUGCAGAAGCAUAUCAACGAAGAUCACUCGACCACGCAGAACCACAUCUGCCCCAUAUGCGGCGUGAUACGUCGCGACGAGGAGUACCUCGAGUUGCACAUGAACCUGCACGAGGGCAAGACCGAGAAGCAGUGCCGCUAUUGCCCAAAGAGCUUCUCCCGGCCCGUCAACACGCUGCGACACAUGCGCAUGCACUGGGACAAGAAGAAGUAUCAGUGUGAGAAAUGCGGGCUGCGCUUCUCGCAGGACAACUUGCUGUACAACCAUCGGCUACGCCACGAAGCCGAGGAGAAUCCCAUUAUCUGCAGCAUUUGCAAUGUGUCCUUCAAGUCGCGCAAGACAUUCAACCAUCACACGCUCAUACACAAGGAGAACAGACCCCGUCACUAUUGCUCUGUAUGCCCCAAGUCGUUCACCGAACGCUAUACCCUCAAAAUGCACAUGAAGACCCACGACGGUGAUGUUGUCUAUGGGGUCAGGGAGGAUGCUCCUUCCGAUGACCAACAAGUGGUGGAGGAGUUGCACGUGGAUGUGGAUGAAUCGGAGCAGGCGGUGACCGUCAUCAUGUCGGACAAUGACGAGAACAGUGGCAUGUGUUUGAUCUGCAACAUCAACUUUGAAAACAAAAAGGAGCUCGAGCAUCACUUGCAAUUCGAUCACGAUGUCGUUCUCAAAUAGACUUUUGAUUUUUAUUUUACUUUACUCUAGAAAUAUUCCCCCUUACCCACUUCAUGUGUAAUUCAUCGUAUAAUUAACUGAUAACGAAAUA